AUGGGGCUGUUAGAUGAAGACAUUGCCUUCCACUCCAACAUACCUGUGCCACUGGAUAUAACUGUGGCUGUGGUCUACUCUGUUUUUGGACUAUGUUCACUGUUUGGCAACAGCACACUGCUGUACGUCUCCUACAAGAAAAAGCACCUCCUGAAACCAGCCGAGUACUUCAUCAUCAACCUAGCCAUUAGUGACUUGGGCCUGACUCUGUCCCUCUACCCCAUGGCGAUAACUUCAAGCUUCUACCACAGGUGGCUGUAUGGGAAAACGAUUUGCUCCCUAUAUGCCUUUUGUGGCAUGUUGUUUGGCAUCUGCAGUCUGACCACUCUAACCCUGCUAAGCAUGGUGUGCUUUGUGAAAGUAUGUUAUCCGCUCUAUGGGAACAGGUUUAACUCGGUUCACGGCCGUCUGCUCAUUGCCUGUGCUUGGGCCUAUGCCCUGUUGUUUGCCUGCUCCCCGCUGGCCAACUGGGGGAAAUAUGGACCAGAGCCUUAUGGCACCGCCUGUUGCAUUGACUGGCGCCUGUCCAAUCAGCACUCUACAGCACGCUCCUACACUGUGGCACUGUUCGUCUUCUGCUACAUCCUUCCAUGCUGCGUUAUCGUAGCAUCCUACACGGGCAUUCUGGUCACGGUGCAGGCAUCCCGCAAGAAUAUGGAGCAGCAUGCGUCGAGGCAGACACACAUGAGCAGCAUCCAGACAAUUAUUGUUAAGCUAAGUGUUGCUGUCUGCAUCGGUUUCUUUGCGGCAUGGAGUCCAUACGCUGUGGUGUCUAUGUGGGCUGCCUUUGGACACAUUAAGAACAUCCCCCCUCUGGCAUUUGCCUUGCCAGCCAUGUUUGCCAAGUCCUCCACCAUCUACAACCCCAUCAUCUACCUAAUGCUGAGGCCGAACAUCCGCAGGGUGUUGCGCAGGGACCUGGGUACUCUAUGUCACUCCUGUCUGCAGGGCUGCCACUGCUCCAAGGGACCGGCUAAAUGCUGCUCCAACCCAGAGUUUAGGGUCAGACUUCCCUCAAUCCACAGACAGACCAACCAAUUCCCUUCAUCCAACUCGUGUGCUCAACCUCCUAUGGUGGCAUUAAAGGACCACAGCUGUGAGAAGUGCAAGGAUGCUUUCGAACGCUUCAGACACUACCCUCAAAUGUGCGUCAUCACUAACCCUGCUGCCAACGGAGACCCAUCUAAGGAUCAAGACACUCCAGUUCCCCCAUCACAUAAGAAGAACACUCAACGUGUGUGCCACAAGAAAUCUCUGCUUGCCAUCAUGUGUGCAAAAAGGACUUCAGAAAUAGACAACUUCCAUAUUAAUUUAGAGAUGGUUCCAGGGCAUGCAAAAGUGGCUUGGCCCUGAUAUUUGUUUACAGAUAAUCUCUGGACAUAUUUUGCAGGUUACGUUCUUUCAGGUGUGGAAUUACUUAAUUUAUAUUUUCAGGAAAUCUUGCUCAGCAAUGUACCAUAUGCUCCUUGAGUGUUUGGACAGAAGCCAUAUAACUUACUAAUCUUGUGUUACUCACUGUGCUUUUAUUUGGCUAAUAUGACAGAAUAGCUUUUAGGUUCACUGCAGACAGCUAUAAUUUGAAGGGUAUUUAAUUUGCAACCCAUAAAUAACUAUCUUAUUAUGUCGCCUUUGUAAUAUUUGCAUUUAAUACAUCUCUGAAAUGUUGUUUUUGGCUUGGGCAGUGUAUUGCUGUUUGAGUCAAACUGGUUUCUAAAUCAUUGUGCCAGGGCUACGCGGCUUAAGAUGGAUAGGUUUGGGAGUUUUCCAAUCUAUUUAUUUCCUAAUCAAAAUUGUCAAAAAAGUGCCAGUCGUUAAGCUCUAGUUCAGAUUCAGAUAUGAAAGUAUUCAAUCCCCUACAGGCUGGUUUUUAGGUGUUGCAGCAUCUUCAUCUUCUACCUAAAUCAAUAUUGUACUGCCUAAAACAUUCCUUGAAGCUCUACUGGUGAUCUAUUCGGUCAUGUGAUGCAGACAUAUAGCUCGAGUAUACUUCAUGGUAAUGGCAUAUGGUUAAUUUAGGCAGUAAGCAGUACAUACAGAUUUAGAAUGUAGUAUGCAGUACGUUACUAUGCGAUUUCGAACACACCACUGACUCAUUUGCUGCUGGCAUUAUCAUAGUAAAACCUGGGUUAGCCCUCAGGGAAUCAGGGAAUUAGCUGGGAACAGUGGGAAUAUGACUAAUGUUCAUAGUUACUAUACUGGAGUGUCUUGAGUCUCACCGUUUCACACAGGUUUAUCCUGGAUCAUGGCUUUGUUGUGAAAGACGUAUGCUGUAUAACAUGCAUUUGGUGAAUUCCAUGGUCAGGAUUCUCUUCUGGUUAAUUAUUACAGCAACAUACCAGUAUGUCUAUGUGAGAACUGAGAGCCAUCUCAUUUCAAAACACUUCUUUACUAUGCCAACCCGAGUGUUGUUUACACGACAAAUGCAGGUUUAUGGUGCUUUAUCAAUUAUCUAUGUACACACUGUGUAGAAGUUACAUAACACUGCUGCAUAAUACCACUAUUAUGCACUGCACAAUAUUGUCUAUCUAACUCCAAGUCAUUCUUUAUGUGUACAAUGAAAAUGGAAUAUUUGUAUAGUUGACUGCCUAAUGAUAUUGUAUAUAUUCACAUCACUACAAUAGAGGGAAAGGGAAGAGCGACAUGAAACAAACAAACUAUCCCAUCCAAAUAUGCAGCUGUAGAUAAAUGAAUUAGUGGAGAAAGACUAUCAAGUUCAUGUUGUCUGUAAUUAUUGUGUGUAAAUCCAUUGUGUAAAGUAAACAUGACUGGAAUGGGUUUCAGGUAAUCACUCAGGAUCAAAUCUCAACUUAUCCCAUGAGCCUCCUGCUGUUUUAUCUAUUCUAAUUAGGAUAUUGUUGCUUUACCAGUUUCUUAAUUACUUGUCAUGUUGUAGAUCAUUUUUCUUUGCAAGGCGUGCUGCUUUCGAUUAACAAAAGUACGUAUACGAUUUUAUCUGUCAAUAAAUGGGGUUGCCAUUUUAACAGUAUCCCUGAAUCUGAUAGAACAUGGAUGUUAUUACUGUUAAGAAACUAGAAAGCCUGUUUCACAGUUGUAUUCAAGGAUUUUAUCAAUAAUUAUUCAUAGCAUGGAAGGAUUAAUUUUCUUGUGUUUAGU